GCUAAUGAGAUUCUGCUCAAUAACCUAGAGAAAACUGGCCGGGAGAUGAUUGAGGAUGGUCACUACGCCUCCGACAAUGUGGCCACUCGCCUGAGUGAAGUCGCCAGUCUCUGGAAGGAAUUGCUGGAAGCUACAGCACAGAAAGGGACCCAGUUGCAUGAAGCCAACCAGCAGCUGCAAUUUGAAAAUAAUGCAGAAGACCUGCAGCGUUGGCUGGAGGAGGUGGAGUGGCAGGUCACCUCUGAAGAUUAUGGGAGAGGUCUGGCUGAUGUGCAGAACAGACUCAGGAAACACGGCCUCCUGGAGUCUGCUGUGGCUGCUCGUCAGGAUCAGGUGGAUACCCUCACAGACCUGGCUGCAUAUUUCGAAGAAACAGGCCAUCCUGAUGCUGGGGAUAUACGUGAAAGACAAGAGUCCUUGGUGUCCAGGUAUGAAGCACUGAAAGAGCCGCUGGCCACCCGAAAGAAGAAGCUUAUUGACCUACUCCGUCUGCAGCAGAUCUGCAGAGAUACAGAGGAUGAGGAGGCGUGGAUCCAAGAGACUGAACCCUCAGCAGCCUCCACCUACCUUGGCAAGGACCUGAUUGCCUCCAAGAAUCUUCUGAACAGGCACCAAGUCAUCCUGGAAGACAUUGCCAGUCAUGAUCCACGCAUCCGAGUGAUAACAGAGAGGGGAAACAAAAUGGUAGAGGAAG